AUGGAAAACAUAUAUCUUAUCCUCGGUCUUUUCGUCCUGUUCAUGGUCGGCCGGGCCAUCUUCGCUGAUCGUUCCCCCAUCCCCGAAACCUCGGGAAAAGUCACCAAAGUCACUGAAUCAUCAGAACUAAACACCGUCCUCUCUUCAAACAAGCAUGUCGUGGUAGACUUUUACGCCGACUGGUGUCCUCCCUGCCGCGCCAUCGCGCCCGUCUUUUCCAGCCUUGCUGACAAGCACGCAUCAACCGGCCAUCUUGCUUUCGCAAAAGUCAACACUGAUCAUGUGAAGGAUGUUGCUGUCAAGUAUGGAAUCUCGGCUAUGCCUACUUUUGUAUUUUUCACGGAUGGUGUGCCUAAGGGUAUUUCUGUUGAGGGAUUGCCGAGUGGUCAUUCUGUUAAUGUCAACAAGGAUGGUUUGGUUGAUAGGAUUCGGGGCGCGGACCGAAGAGCUUUGGAGGCUGUUGUUAAGGCUUUGGCUAGUAAGGAGUAG